AUCGGUUCGGAUUCUAUCUCCCACGACGAACUCUUGAAUCCCGUCCGCAAUGUUGUUGCGAUGAACGUGGUGGGCAUUUGGGAGUUUCAGGACCAGGAUUGGAUUUAGUUGAUAGGGGUUUUUUGGGAUCCCAAGUCGCUCUUCGAUAGCUCGUGAGUUGGUUGUCUUAACUCGAAUUGUUCGACUUCACUUUGAGUUCAAGCACCAGGCUCAACCUUCAAGAGUUGCUAAGAACUUCUGCGCCCAAUCCGUCGGCUCUGUUUGUGUUUUGGACGAUAGCGUGAUUCAGUUACAUAUAUCUUAAGUCUAUUAAGUUCAUGCCUUGUGAUUUGAAGUGUUGAUGCAAGAUUUUGUCUUGAAAAUCAAGCGCUUUAGGUUGAAGCCUUUGAACGUUAGAUAAAUCUAAAACUUCAUCGUCGUACUUUGUUCAAGAACAAGAUAAUACAUCAAUAAAGUCGGAGGAGUAACUGCGGAAUUCUGUAAACAAGUGACAAGCGUUAUCCAACCUCAUGAACAUAAUAGCAGUUGUCUUUGCUAUCACCACUAUCAUCUAAGCAUCCAACCAUAACGAUCCCGAAAAGAACAACAGCUUCAACAACCAUUGUUUCAAGUCUCUCAUCUGAAAAUGUCCCGUCUGAAACCGGACACAUCUUCGUUCAUGCAACAUUUGCACAAAACCCUUGUGUUGAUAUUUUGCUGCAAUGCUCUAUUCUUGUGGUCAGAAUGCGCAGGAUUUGACGGGGAUGGAGGGAUUUUUCACAACCAGUUUGCCCUAUUCAUUCCUAAAGGCGAAGAGACUGCCAAUCUACUUGCAUCCAAACAUGGGUUUGUGAACCUCGGGCAGAUUGGCACUCUCGACAACUAUUUCCUCUUUGAACACGCGCGUUUGCGCAAGCGCAGCUCAAUUCCAUCACGAACUCACUCGGUUCUUCUCACCGAGGAGCCGGAAGUCGAAUGGUUUGCUCAACAGCAGGAGACGAGGCGAGUCAAGCGCGAUGGUCAAAUCUUGGAUGCUAACUCAAUUAGGGAACAUAGCGGUAAUGUCAGGCUCGCCAAACGACCCUUGUGGGACGACAUCUUUGAGGAGAACGAGGAGGAGCAACCCGCGAAGCAGGUGUUUAAACGACAGAACACCUUUCCAUUCACUCGCUCGUCGAGCUCCCUACCCACCGAUCCGAUGUAUGGGCAACAGUGGCAUCUUAAUCAUGGGGCCAAUGGAGGAUAUGAUAUGAAUGUAGCACCAGCCUGGGCUAAUGGAUACACUGGCAAGGGCGUAGUCGUGACCAUUCUGGACGAUGGAAUUCAGACUAAUCAUCCUGAUCUCAUUCAAAAUUAUGACCCGUUAGCUUCCACUGAUAUUAACGGGAAUGACCACGAUCCCAUGCCUCAAGAUAACGGAGACAACAAGCAUGGCACCCGAUGUGCAGGGGAAGUGGCAGCAUCCGCGGAUAAUGGCUUUUGUGGGGUGGGAAUUGCUCACAGUGCCAGCAUUGGUGGAGUUCGAAUGCUCGAUGGUGUGGUUAAUGAUGCGGUGGAAGCUCGGGCAUUAAGUCUCAAUCCAAAUCAUGUCGACAUCUACUCAGCUUCAUGGGGCCCAGAGGAUGACGGCAAGACCGUUGAUGGGCCCGGGCCCUUGGCCAAGAGAGCCUUUCUAAAUGGAGUGGUGCGAGGCCGUCAUGGCAAGGGUUCCAUUUUUGUGUGGGCGUCUGGUAAUGGAGGCAGACACUUGGACAAUUGCAAUUGCGAUGGCUACACCAACUCUAUCUUCACACUCUCGAUCAGUUCGGCCACCCAAGGAGGUUAUCGACCUUGGUAUCUAGAGGAAUGCUCGUCAACUCUAGCAACUACUUACAGCUCAGGUACACCGGGCCAAGAUGGAAGCAUUACCACAGUCGAUCAAGAUGCCAGACUUAGAUCCGAUCACAUAUGCACAGAUUCCCAUACCGGGACUAGUGCUAGUGCACCCAUUGCCGCAGGCGUCGCUGCUCUUGCCCUGGAAGCCAAUCCAAAUCUCACUUGGCGCGAUAUGCAAUACCUUGUGGUCAUGUCGUCACGACAUGAGCCUUUAACCCAAGAAUCGGGUUGGUUUACCAACGGGGCGGGCCGUAAGUUCUCCCACAAGUUUGGAUAUGGUUUGAUGGACGCGGGGAAGAUGACGGAUUUGGCCCGAUCCUGGAAGUCUUUGCCGCAACAACACAUCUGUCAGAGUGGUGUCAUGGUGGCUGACAUGUCCAUCCCGGAUAGCAUCGGUACUCCGGCCACCGUGUCGACAAGAUCCGAUGCCUGUGGAGGCUCAAUCAACUCCGUACAGUUUCUUGAGCAUGUGCAAUGCAAAAUUUCGCUUCGUUUCUACCCAAGGGGCAAUGUGAUGAUUGUUCUGACCUCACCGUCAGGCACAAGGUCGACCCUUUUGUUCCCACGACCUCGCGACUCGUUCGCCACAACCUUCGAAGAGUGGCCGUUCCUUUCGGUUCACUUUUGGGGUGAGAACCCCACCGGAGUGUGGAAACUCGAAGUGAUGAAUAUGGGUCAAGAAACGCCCACUAAGGUGAAUCGAGGGAUUCUGCGCAAGUGGCAACUCAUCUUCUAUGGCACCCAAGACAAUCCAGUUCGUGUGCCCAGAAACGUGGGCAAUACUCGCACAGGAAAGCAGUCCACCCUCUUCAACAUUCCGGCCAGUUUCUCGUUUCAGCCCUCGAAGCCGGCGUUUUCCUUCCCCAACUUUUUCAGUUCGUUCAGACGUCUCAAGCGUGACGAUUCGUCUUUAACGAGUUUUGCAACGCCAGAGGACGACGAGAAAGAAAAUAAUGCGGAAGAAAUUUCCUCCAGUCGGACAGAGACGAAGGCUACAAGGCUAGAAGAUGUCUAUUUGCAAUGAUGAGACCGAUGAAUGGUCUCCGACUAAUUCAAGUGUUCAUUCAGAUUUCAGACUGCUCAAAUCUAGGCAUUAAAUCCUUGAUUAUAUCAAAAACCACGAACUGUGAACGUACAAAGUGCCAUUCCAGAAUUCCGGAAUUCCAGCAUUCCCUCUCAUCCGUUUGAAGUGAAGCCUCUUUUGGCAAUGGACAUGUUCUCAUUGAAUAUUAGUGCACAAAUAUAUUCAUUCUAAUUAUUUAAAACCACCUUCCCCAGCUCCAGACUGAUCAACGGGCAUUCCAUUAUAUAAUUAUCUAUGUAUUCUAGAAACCUAUCAUUCUUGAAUAAACUAGGAAUCAUCCUUA